AUGAGAUAUAUAAGGAUUCUACUACAAUUUUAUAUACUUUCAUUAGUUGUUGCUGUAUGGCCAUUUGAUAGUGAAGAAAAUACAGUUGGUGCAACUCCAACAUCACCUUGGUGGCAAGGACUAUUUGGAGGUGGUUCAACAAGCUCAUCCCAAUCUAGUGCGUCAAGUGCAGCAACAACAGUAGCACCAGCCACAACAUCAGUACAAGCAAGUUCGACAUCAUCGGCUCCUUGGUAUGCAAAUUUAUUUGGAACUGCAAAAAGUUCUUUAGCUAUUGCAACUCAAGCACCAACUUCAACCAAUUCAAAAGCUAACCUGGUAUUUUCAGAAAUUUCAAAUACUUUAUUAUCAAUAAAUAGUACCAUUGCUUCAAUAACUUCAGCAGCAAGUUCAAAUGCACAAUCAACAACUUCAACAAUUUCAAGUUCGAAAACAACUUCUGAAAAUGUAAUUGAAAGUUUUAUAGGAGGAUUUUUUGGAGGUGGUAGUAGCAGCACAAGAUCACUGAAUUCUACAUCUCAAACAACUGAUGAAACAGAAAGUAAUUCAGAUGGAGAUGGAGUUUCUAAUCCAUAUUCACCGGUUAAUGUUACAUGUCCAAAUCAUUCAUUAAUUCGUGAAGCCAAUGGAUUAUCAGAUAAUGAAAAAAAUUAUAUAAAAGCUAAACAUGAACAAACAAAUAAAUUUUUAAUUAGUUUUUUAAAUAAUAGAGCUAAUUUAACUGAUUUUGAUGCUGAAAAAUUUAUAAAUGAUAACUCCCAAAAACAUAAUAUUAGUAUUGGAUUAGCGUUUUCAGGUGGUGGAUAUAGAGCAAUGUUAGCAGGUGCUGGAAAUAUUUUAGCUUUAGAUGGUAGAUUUGAAGAUUCAAAUACUAAUGCUUUGGGGGGUUUAUUACAAUCUUCUACUUAUCUUGCUGGUUUAUCUGGUGGUUCUUGGUUAGUUGGAAGUUUAGUUUUAAAUAAUUGGAUAUCAGUUGAAAAUAUAUUAAAUGGUUCAGCAGAAAUUUGGGAUUUAGAAGAUUCAUUUUUAAAUCCAAGUAGUUUAAAUUUAGCUGAAUUAGGUAAAUAUUAUACUGGUGUUGGUACAGCAUUAGUUGCCAAGAAUCAAGCUGGAUUUGAAACUUCAAUUACAGAUCUUUGGGGUAGAGCUUUAAGUCAUCAAUUUUUUAAUGAUAAUAGUGGUGGAUCAAAUGUAACAUGGUCAAGUGUUCGAAAUUUAACAACUUUUAAAGAUCAUAGUAUGCCUUAUUCAUUUUUAGUAGCAAAUGGUAAAACAGUUGAACAAGCUACUAUAAUUGAUCAAAAUUCAACUUUUAUUGUUGAAAUUUCACCUUAUGAAUUAGGAAAUUUUGAUAGUAUUAAUGCAUUUGCUGAUACAGAAUAUUUAGGUUCAACAAUAGAAGAUGGGAAAGCUUCACAAUGUGUUAGAAAUUUUGAUAAUGCAGGAUUUGUAAUGGGUACAUCUUCAUCUUUAUUUAAUCAAAUUUUUACUCAUUUAGGUGAUUAUGAUGUAAGUACAAUUUUACGUCCAAUUUUAGAAAUGGCCGUUAGUGAUGCAAGUGAUGAUAAAACAGAUGUUGCAAUAUAUCAUCCAAAUCCAUUUUUAGAUUUAUCAACAGCUCAAAUUGAUGAUAUCGUUGAUAAUAGUACAUUAUCGUUGGUUGAUGGUGGUGAAGAUAAACAAAAUGUACCAUUUUAUCCAUUAAUUCAACAAGAUCGUGAUGUUGAUAUUAUUUUUGCGUUUGAUAAUAGUGGAGAUACUGAAACUAAUUGGCCAAAUGGUACAUCAUUUGUUGAAACUUAUAAAUGGCAAUUUACUGAUCAAGGUAAAGGUAAACCAUUCCCAUUUGUUCCAACUGUUGAUACAUAUUUACAAGAUCAAUUAGGUGAAAAACCUUUAUUUUUUGGAUGUAAUUCAUCAGCAUUAUCACCAAUUAUUGAUUGGCAUGAUGAAAAUUUAAAUGAAACAGAUGUUCCAUUAGUUGUUUAUCUUUCAAAUAAUCAUCAAUCUUAUUUAUCAAAUUUUUCUACAUUUAAAUUAAGUUUUGAUAAUGCUGAAAAAACAGGUACAAUUCAAAAUGGUUACGAAGUUAUGUCAAGAGGUAAUACUACUGAAGAUGAAGAUUGGAUCAAAUGUGUCGGAUGUGCUAUUAUAAGAAGACAACAAGAAAGAUUAGGUGAAAAACAAAGUGAAGAAUGUCUGAAAUGUUUUGAAGAAUAUUGUUGGACAGGUACAAUUGAAGAAGGUCCUGAAGUUUCAGCAUUCCCUAAUAAAAAGUAUCAUAAUUCUACAACUUCAUCAACUUCAAUUAGUAACUCAACAUCAUCAUCAACAUCAACUAAUAGGAACUCAACAUCAUCAACAACAUCAACUAACAGAAAUUCAACAUCAGGUAGAACCACAGUUGAUGCUGCAUCAAUGACAGGCUCUGACACACGAACAAUAACAACAAGUCAAACAUCAAUAUCUUCAGCAACUGCCACCUCAAUAUCUUCAACAACUGCUACAACUACUGCAGGUUCAACAUUUUCCGGAAUUGGAUCUUUUAUUUCUUCACCAUCUAUUUCAAUUUUAAUUUUAAGUUAUAUCAUUUCUCUUAUAUAG